AUGUCGACGUCGAGUCGACGUCACAAAGUACUCGUCGACAACUCGCGUUGACUUGAAGGGAGCUGAGCGUCCCCCGAGCGGGGAUCCAUCAGGUUAAGCAAACCCUUACGUCUUCGGUCCUUUUGUCAGGGACUUCGUGGCCUGUUGUUCGCCGAGGCCGACCUCAGCAGAGAACGCUGAACAGUUCUGGACAUCGCCAGGGCAACGCGUUCUCCGCAAAUUUAUCCGUACAGCUCUCAUCGGAACCUAUGUAAUUUUCUCGGUCAACGAGCGUUAGCAGGCCUGGUAGAGAUUCCCCAUCGCCAUCACUUAUUUUAUCGAUGGACUGUUAAGCAAGUGGUAGAGAUGAUGACAUUGACAGUGUAAGAGUAGUAGUAGUAGUGGUGGUGGGGGAAGCCGCACUGGUGGGGACGCGUUGGCGGGGAGGAGAGGAGAACAAACGAAAGAACUCGGUUCUUUGACCUGCGUCGGUGAGGAAGGGGAGUAUAUGAGAGAGAGAAAGAGAGAGAGAGAUGGGUUUGGGACCGCCGUCGUUGACAUAACACAGGUUUCCACACUCCCGCGGGAUGGAACUCUACGCGGGUGGGUCUUUGACUUUGUAGGAGCUAUACCCCUGUUUUCUCACCGAGAUAGACGUCAUUGAACGUUAGCCGGGUUCGUAGGCGAAAAAUGGCAUAUUGGAUGGUGGUAGCACGUGCUUCGGUAUACAGCUCAAUAUUCUUUUCUCUAAGAUAAUUUCAUACAAUCUCUCUCUCCGAUGUGGGCAGAUGAUGAUCCGGCCUUGUAUCCUCGUUGACAAUUCUUAACGCGUAGUUCUCGUGCAUGGAAUUUUCAACGUCGUUGCCGGGACACAGGUAACAGCGCUGAAAUUGACGGGGCGCGUCGAACGGAUCCUGCCUUCGUUUUGCUUUGAACCGACGAUUGAUUAUGGUUCCACCGGGACCUUAACAACUGGAAGUAGACACGUCAGGAUCGGCGACGAGGACAUAGUCGUAGUUCGGUGGGAGCAGGUAACGAUACGAAAACACACCAACCGUAAGGGAAGAUUACAAUUAUUCAAUCAAGCACUGAUUUCGACCUCUCCUCAGGUCCCCUCCGGAACAUGGACUCCCUAGAUGACAUGAGGGUCUGUCCUCCCUCCAGGUUCUAUAUAACCCAUGGAGAGAGAGUCAGGAGGAAGAACCUUGCUCCAACUCAAGAGCGAGAGAGACAGAGAGAGAAAGAUCGCCUGUUCUGCACAAGCCUCAAGAGCCAGAGCAAAAGGCAGAGAUAGCUUGUUCUGCGCGACUGUCCUCAUCUUCUCUGCGUGGUGUAAAUUACGGCGGGAGGCAGCCAUGAAGGUAAGCCGAGCGCACCAUUCCAAAGCAGUGUUAUUUGCCCUUUUGCCGUCAAUUCAAGGAAACUCACUCGCGUGUGUCGGCUGACCUGGGAAAACCUUGUGGUUGGUUCCCCUGGUCCUCCGUUGUCGGGGAUCGCGCAAGCUCAGAAGAUGGUCUUCAAGAUCUCCAUAUACUGCGGCAAGUGCAAGACGGCCAUCCUCAAGGCCAUUGCCAAGCUCGAAGGUGAGGGCCCUCCCUUUCCCCAACCUUUGACCCUCCCUCCCCACGCCCAAUCAUUCGAGGGUUGAUAUUUUAAACAAGAUUGUGGCGGCGAUGAUGGCAGGGAUUGACGAGAUAAAGCUCGACGUCGAGAAGGGCACGGUAACGGUGGUCGGGGAGGUCGACCCGGUUUGCGUCGCUCACCAGCUCAGGAAGGUCCGGCGGCCGGCGCUGAUUGACAGCGUCGAGUCGCACAAGAAAGAGGAGUCGAAACCCAAGCCGGAAGAUCUGGAACCCUGCUGCGAGCGCUGCAGAGGGGAUGCCCUCAUCUUUAUGGAAUACGCGCCAGGCUGCACAAUCGUCUGA